AACCCGCAAAGGAUAAAGCAACAAAAAGAAGAAAAAAAUGGGAAGAAAGGAGAAAAAUACGAAAGCGGGGAAGAAGAAGAAGAAGACCAGGGAAAGAAGGAACUUGAGAGUUGAGAGCCUUCAAAUUAAUCGGAUCAAUCCGAGAGCAUCACGGCCGUUCCUCUUUCUUCGUCCCCAAUUAACCCUAAACCCUAAUUUUCUUUCCGGAGGAUAUUAUCGCUCAAUUCGCUUCGCUUCCGUGCUCCAAUUCUCCGGUCACCUGCUGCUUUUCAGUGUUCCCUGAGCUCAAGAGUCGUCGGACGAGGGGAAACUCAUGGAGACGCACUACAGUCACAACCCGUUCGACAGACGCCCGAUAGUGACUUCCAAAACUCCCGCCGUUAAAUGGUUCAGAGAAUGGGUGCCACAGGAUGUUGUAGCUACAGGUGGAAAGUGUUCGGUUUUAAGAUGGGUAACAGAGAGCCAAUCGAAGGCCUUAAAAGAGAGAGCGAAAGAUCCACCAACGCCAGAGCCAGAGCCAGAACCUACAACCGAAGUUCUGUUCCUUUGCAGUUAUGAUGGAUGUGGGAAAACCUUCAUAGAUGCCGGUGCUUUGAGAAAGCAUUCUCACAUCCAUGGGGAACGCCAGUAUGUUUGUCACUGGGAGGGUUGUGGCAAGAAGUUUAUUGACAGUUCAAAGUUGAAAAGACACAACUUGAUUCAUACUGGGGAGAGAAACUUUGUGUGUCCACAUGAAGAUUGUGGAAAGGCCUUCUCCUUGGACUUCAACCUGAGGUCACAUAUGAAAACACAUUCACAAGAAAACUAUCAUAUAUGCCCAUACCCAGAAUGCGGGAAGAGAUAUGCCCAUGACUACAAGCUACGGAACCACAUUCAAUCCCAACACGAAAAGGUUGGUUACGUUCUGUCUCAAAGUGAAAAGAAUGCAACACCACCAGUCGAGAUGGUGAGGUACGCAACACCACCAGAGAGACCAACCAUCAAAGCUCCAAAGCCACCUUCAUCAGCUCCUCCCUCCACAACACCCGCAUCUACGGCCUCUGCAUCAGUAGGCCGCCCUUUCGGCUGCCCUUCCGAGACAUGCAGAAAGGCUUACAUCCACGAGUACAAGUUGAAGCUCCAUCUCAAAAACCAUCCGGACCACAACGUCGAGGAGACCACCGACAUUAACACCAUCAUGCCACGUCGCCAUCACGCUGUGGAUAACAAUGACUCGGACGAGGGCAGCGAUCAAGACGGCAGCGGUUAUGGUGCCCUCAAACGUGCGGUGAAUGGCCGGAAGAAAUCACAGAGUAGCAGGGUGAAGCCGAGCUUGAAGAUGCCUCCUGCGAAGAUGGCGCAACGCAGCAAAGGGUCGAGCCCGUUGGCUCAUAGCUUAAACGUGGCGAAGAAGCCAUGGCCCCCGUUGGCGGUGGGAUCCAAGGGAGGAGAGGUUUACGGUGGGGAGGAAGAUGAUAGUGAAGAGACGGAAGAGGAGGAUAGGGAGAGUGGAGAUGAUGGGUGGAGAUAUAGGGAUGAUAAUGAGGAGGAUGAUGAAGAGACUGAGUAUGAAGAUUGAACAAAAUAAAUUAGAUUAGUGAGAGGGCUCAUAUCGUCCCUAGGCCUUUUUUUGUUGUGGAUUUGAGCAUGGCUUCUCAUGUCUCUUUUUUUGUUUCUUCCUCCUUUUGGUAGGAAUAUCUCUUGUGUUUAGUCGAUUCUUCUCUCUAUGCUGGGAUAUACAAAUGGAGAAAAUAGGAGAUUGGAAUUCUCUCUUUUUACCAAAUGACUUCAUUGGACGGUAGAGGUCAUCUUGGCUAAAAGCCAGGGCCGACCAGGGUUCGGCACAAGCCUUUCAAAUAUAAAUAAACGAAGGGACCUCCAAUGCAG